AUGAUCGUUUUCUCAAACAAACCUGUUCAGGUUUUCGGGGCCCUGAUCAUCGCCCUCCUGGCCGCCGCCCUUUCCCUUCGCAGCACUAAGACCGAACAACAGCCUCCAGUCAUCGAACGUCACCCAGAGAUCAUAGUACAUUUUGCAUCAUGGCCCAAGAUCGAGCCCAAGAUCGCCAGGAUGUCCGCCCACGCCCGCAUAAAAUCUCCGUCAUCUCGUCCCGCCAUCUUUCAUCAAUUGCCCGCUCCAAAGUCCUCCGACGCCUCUGGGUUCAACUUCACACCAAAUUGGAUACGCCCACCUGGGAUCCAGGGACUAAAAGGACUUAAUGAUGACAUGGCUAUGUUCGUCUCACGGUGGACGGGAGAAGACCACCUCAUGAUCCACAACCAUAUACAGAAACUCAUCAGAGACAUCGAUCCCGCUGUCGUUGUACUCGAUAUGUUCCACCGGCCGGGGAUGGACGCGACCCGAGGCGAUAAUCGCUUGCACGCCAUCUUGUCGCCGAACGUUCUGGCCGACGUGUUCGGUGGUGCACAGCCCUGGCUCAGAGAGAAUCGUACUGAAGAAAGCAGCCUUGGCUCCGGCCAUGACUUCCCUGUUCCGUGGCGAGACAUUCCCUCAAAUAUCUACCAGAUGGGUAGUUUUGCAUGGGCCAUGCUAUUUAAUCCGGAGCUCGUCGAGAAGCGUAAGUUCCUAGCCAGCCACAAUCUCGAGGACCCAAUCGGCUUUUUCACCAUUCACCAGCCUGGAAACGGCGUGUUCAUCUCCCAAGACACAGCUGCUGCCUCCAUUCCGCUCAGCUCAGUUCCAGCCAACGUCACCACAACGGGCCCUAUUGUGAUUUCGGUCGCCUCGGCCGCAGAACAAGACAUUGAUUUAACCUUAUGGCUAAGGAGGGCUCCGACAGUGCUUAUCAACCUUGGUAGUUUGUUUGAAUACGAUGCCGACAGAGCAAGCAGCAUGGCCGGCGCAUUAGAGGCUGUCCUGAGACGCACGAGUGUGCAGGUUCUGUGGAAGAUGAACACUCGUCUCGAUGAUAAGGAAUGGAGGCCCUUGGUGGAGGAGUUCAUUGCGAACGAUAGGCUCAGGGUAUUGAAGUGGUUGACGGUGGAUCCAGCUGCUCUUCUCGAGACGGGCGAUAUCAUUGCUUCCGUCCACCAUGGCGGGGCUAAUUGCUAUCACGAAGCUCUCGCGUGA